CGGGCGGCGGAGCCGCGCCCUCCCGGGCACUCGGGACUCGGCGCCCGGUGAGAGGGACGCAGCCCCUGCACAGCCGGGCAGCGCCGGGGGCGAUGUUUCCCCUGUGGAAGGCCGUUCUCUCGGAGAGUCUCCUGGGCUACAUUUCUUGGUCUCUUUACCAUGCACUGCCACCAAUGAUCUACUACUUCCCCCUUCAGACACUGGCACUCACGGGCCUAGAAGUUUUUGCUGUUGCCUUCUUUUCUCCAAUAUUCUUGACAAUAGGCCCUUUUUGGAGGUUGGCUAACAAUAAGUAUGUCCUAGCCGUUCUGAGAUUGACUAUGGUUGGAAGCUUAGCAUCAUACCAGGCACCAAAUGCUUCAAUUAGACUACUCAUCUUGGCUGCUGGUGUUUCUUCUUCAUUGCUGGUUCAAACAGUAACAUGGUGGUCAGGAAACAGUGUACAAAGGUUCAUCAGGAUAUGGGGCUUCAUGCUAGGCAAGAUAAUGCUCCUUGUUCUUCGUAUCUGGUAUACAUCACUUAAUCCAGUCUGGAGCUCACAAGUUGCCAAUACUAUCAUACUGGCAAUUGGUUUUGUAGCAGCAGUGGAGCAAAUUCAUUCAGGUGGAGACAAGAGUAAACAAGGAACAAACAAAACUGGUAAUGUGGUUAGACAGACUGCUUCCCAUCCUCAUUGGUUUUUAUCAGGGAUUGCUUUUGGCAGCCUCAUGUUCCUCACUCUGUGGAUAUUUGGGGAGGUUUCAUUAAUUUCUAGAUGGGCAGUAAGUGGACAUCCACAUACAGGUCCAGAUCCUAAUCCAUAUGGAGGUACAGUUCUGCUGGGCCUUGCUCAUGGGCUGAUGCUUUCAUUUUGGAGCUGGUCUUCUGUCAUCAGUUUUGCCUUGCUUCUCAUAGGUUUAGCAUCUUCAGCUGGUCUCCUUUAUUUACAUACCUGGAGUGCUGCUGUUGCAGGCAACAUUCUUGGUAUCUUUACUAUGUGUGUGUGGCCUCAACUAGCUGGACGUUUUGUUAGCUGUCUGCAUCCUGGGAAAGCCAUGAGUACAGCCAUGUUUGCCUAUGUUCUUGAAUUAUUCUUCUGUGUGUGGUGUACAGCUUAUAAAUUUGUACCUGGAGGAGUUUACGUUAGAGAAAGCUCCCAUCUUCUUUUAGGUUUUAUAAUGUUAUGCAUUGGGGUAGACUUUCUAACAGGACCCAAGAAAGACCUUAGCUCUGUCUUUGAAGUGAAAAGCAAUCAAAAACCACUCUUCAAAAAGAGUAAAAACUAUAUUAAACUAUUAUUGUGGCUGUUUGUUGGUGUUGGUUUGCUUGGAUUAGGUUUACGUUAUAAAACUUACCACAAGAAGUUGGGCCAAGGGGUUCCAAAAAGGGAUUUCUCUGCUAUGAUCUGGCCUUUUAGAUUUGGAUAUGACAAUGAAGGAUGGUCUAAUUUGGAAGGAUCAGCUAAUUUGCUUAAUCAGACAGAAGCAGAUUUUAUCACUAUUAUAGAGAGUGAUGCCUCUAAGCCAUUCAUUGGAAACCAUGAUCCAACAAUGUGGCUAGGAGAAAGACUAGGAUUUUAUACAGAUUUUGGUCCAAGCACAAGAGAUCACACUUGGGGGAUUAUGGCACUAUCAAGGUAUCCAAUUGUAAAAUCGACCCAUCACCUCCUUCCAUCUCCAGAGGGAGAGAUUGCACCAGCCAUCUCCCUGACUGUCAACUUCACAGGGAAGCUGGUUGAUUUUGUCGUCGCUCACUUUGGAAAUGAAGAAGAAGACUUGGACAGAAAACUCCAAGCAAUAGCUGUUUCAAACCUAUUGAAGACUAGCUCUAAGCAAGUUGUAUUUCUAGGAUACAUCACUUCAGCUCCUGGAUCCAGAGACUAUACCGAAUUAAUAAAAAAUGGAAAUGUCCAGGAUAUUGACAGUACAGAUCGUGACAGAUGGUGUAGCUAUAUUAUGUAUCGUGGAGUAAUAAGGCUGGGUUAUGCCCGCAUAUCUCAUGCUGGUUUAAGUGAUUCAGAAGUCCAGAUGGCCAAAUUUAGAAUCCCAGAUCAUGUGGAUAGCUAUGUUGACAAUGACAGAAUUGUCACUGAUCCCAGCCAAGUUUCUGAGGACAUCCAUUUCAAUCCCAGGUUUGGAUCUUAUAAAGAUGGACAUAAUUAUGUGCCUAUUCAUCACUUUCAUAUGAGCACUCCUAAAUAUUUUAAACGGACAAAUUAGAGCAAGAAAAUAAAAUAUUAUUGGGACCAACAAGAAAGGUUUGUUGCUGGAAACUGACUUGGCAGCCAAAAAGACUACCUUGUUUAAGGAUGAGCAACUCCCAUGCUGCACAACACUGUGGAUGUCUAUGUAAUAGUUGGUGACUUUCUUCUUUAAUGAGCUGCCAUCACUGUGAGGGAGGGAAGAUGCGUGCAUUUUGAUAAACUGGUAUCUACCUUGGCCAGAUACCUGCUUUGUAUGCAGCCAAGCAAGGGUGGGAACUUGCUUUGGCAACAACUUCUUCAGCUUUUGUGUAGGUAUCAUAUAUCAUGAAAUUUCAGAGUGCUAUUGCUGCUAUUGCAAUAAAAAGCUUGGUCACAGGUUUUUCAAAAUAGGAAUGGAACUAGUGCAUUUUUUAAUUGGGACAUACGCAGUAAGUAUGUGUUGAAGUGUGUGCAUUUUCGACUCAAACAGUAUUUACAUCUGCUGCUAUUUUACAUUUUAUUCUUAAAUGAGUUUUACAACAAUUUGCAGAUAAUUGAUAUUCAUAAUACUGGAGAAAAAGAGGUGACUUUUAUAGACUUCCUUUCAUUAACUGGACAUUAGACACUUCAGUGCUUUUACAAAGGGAAUAAUGGAGUACCUCUGAAUACUUAUAGUUGUGAGGCACCUACAUGAACACACUGAUGAAGAAUUAAAAACAAUCAUGCUCAGCAUAACAAGGUUUCCGAAAUGGGAGAAAAGUUGGUUCUAACUUUUAUUUAAAAUGAAGUGUAAAGAAG